GUUGAGAGGUCGUGACAAACAUGGCCGCUCCCGUGGAUGACAUGUUUUCCCUCUGCGUGGAUCCCGGCAAAGUGUCCGCCUGCGUGGAAGUCACAUUCAUCGACAAUGUGAAGGGGAAAGGUCUCUUUGCAAAGAAGAGCAUCAAGAAGGGAGACACCAUUUUCAUUGAGCGACCUCUCGUCUGCUCCCAGUUCUUAUGGAAUUCUUUAUAUAAAUAUAAAGCCUGUGAAUUCUGCCUUCGUGCUCUGGAGACGGCGGAGGAGAAUGCGAGGAGACUCAGUGGCAAACCUGGACUCAGCCUUCCUCACCCUGAGCUCUGCUGCGUACGACCAGAGCUGCACCAAGCCUGUCCUCAUUGUCAGGUGAUGUACUGCAGCAGCGAGUGUCGACAAUCUGCAGCAGACCAGUACCAUCGGGUUCUGUGCCAGGGUCCCUCCCAGGAAGAUCCAGACCACCCCAUCAACAAGCUCAAAGAUGCAUGGAGGAGUGUGCAUUAUCCUCCAGAGACCUCGAGCAUCAUGCUGAUGGCCAGGAUGGUAGCUGUGGUCAAACAGGCUAAAGACAAAGCCCACUGGCAGAAGCUCUUCUCUCACUUCUGCAGCCGCGCCGCCAACGAAGAAGAAGAGAUCGCACACAAGCUCCUGGGAGAGAAGUUCAGAGGGCAGUUGGCCGUGUUACACAGCCUUUUUAAAGCAGCACUUUAUGAUGACCAUCUCAGUCGGUGGUUCACUCCUGAGGGUUUUCGCUCUCUCUUUGCUCUGGUGGGAACCAACGGACAAGGCGUCGGCACCAGCUCCUUAAGUCAGUGGGUUCACGCCUGUGAUGCACUUGAGCUUGCUGUCCAGCAGAGGGAGCAGUUGGACUCCUUUAUUGACCAGCUGUACAAGGACAUUGAGAAAGAAACGGGAGACUUUCUAAACUGCGAGGGCUCUGGACUUUUUCUGCUCCAAAGCGCAUGUAACCACAGCUGCUUACCAAACGCAGAGGCAUCCUUCCCCGACAACAAUUUCCUGCUUCACCUCAGUGCCCUCGGUGACAUCAACCCGGGAGAGGAGAUCUGCAUCAGUUACUUGGACUGCUGUCAGCGGGACCGGAGCCGCCAUAGCCGACACAAAAUCCUGAGGGAGAACUACCUGUUUGUCUGCUCGUGUCCAAAGUGCGUCUCCCAGAUGGACGAGCUGGAUGUGACAUCGGAGGAGGACGAGGAAGAGGAAGGCGAGGCAGAAGGUGAAACGGAGGGCGACGACAUGGAAGACGAGAUGACGGAUGUUUGAUGAAAGACUUGCCCACGUUGUUCUCGGCCGCUCUCGUCCCCCGACCACUAUGCCAAGGAAGAUAGAAAAAAAAAAAGCGGGUUCAAACCAUAGAUUUUUGCGUUUCACUGCAACUGAUCGAGCGUCUUGUUGUAAACACGUUUCACUCACAGGUACAUGUAUGCAGCGUGUAACAUGUUUCUUUUCGUCCGGCUUCACUUAAACACUACAGGGGUUUUAAAUCCAUCAAAGAGGUUUAAGUGCUCACUCUGACGUUUGACAGUUAUAGAAUUUCACGAAAAAAAACUGUCGGGAUGCAACACAAUGUUGUGGGCAAAGUUCAAAAUUGAAAUCAGGUUUUUGGUCAAGUUUGAUGAACUUGUUUUGGACGGGUUUACAGUGUGAGCAGCACCAUAUAUUUUUAUUUCACUUAUCGUCAUGUGAAAAGGCUAGGAACAUGUUUGUUUUUUUACAUAUGGACAUUUGAUCUUCAUUUUAACAAAACUGAGCAAUGGAUGUGAUGCAACUAAGCAAAUAAAACGGAAUAAAUGAC